UCAGUAUUUUAAUGCCGAGUUUAAGAGCGUAGCCUUGCUCAGAGCCGAGCCCAUUCAUCUGAUCUCACGCUCGCGGGAUUAGGAGUUUUGAGUGACAGCUCCAUGUGAGACACUUGUACAAAUUUAAAAGUGCUAUUUUGAGCGUGGGGAGGGGGCUCAAGCGCCAUGUUGUACCUCGCUUUCUUUCUCUCUCCCUCUCUCUCUCUGUCAGCCACGUUGAGAGCAGCUGCUUGAGGUCUGUCUGCUGGAAGGAUUUUUACUUUAAAGUUUACCAUGGGGUGUUGUUUUAGUAAAGAGCUCAACCCUAAUCUGGUCAGCGAAAGGACGAGUCUUCUUCAGACGUCCGUUACUGAAAGCUGCUCAGAUCAGGAUGUUAAACAGUACUCUUCUGUGACCCAGCUGGCCGAGGAGCAGCGUCCUGAGUGCGGCCAGACGAACAGAGCUGUGGAUUUUAGGAGUGACGCUUCCUCCGCCGCCCUCUCAGCGAGCCUCAGCUCUAUUGAUAAGAGAAGCAGCAGCGUGCAGGACGGCACGGCCGUGAGGGACGAGUUGAAGGAUGACUCGUGCGAUAAACUCCUGGGGGAAGUUUCAAAAGAUUCAGACGUUGAGGCUCAGACAGAGCCGGCGGUGUCGAACUCUGUAAAACAGAGAAUAGCUGAAAAUGCAGUAAAACGAGCCAACUGGUUCUGUGAAGUCGAUCCGUCUCAGCGUGUAGAUUCAACACGUUUUAAACCCCGAUGUGAGAACACACCUGCUGCGCAAACACUCGCACCAGACGUUCGUCACGUCAGAGCCACGUGCACUUCAGACGACGUCAGCUCGGAGGUCUCGAUCCCUCAGAAACAGGAUCAGAAGAGCAGCGCCAAUCAGAAAUCUGACGUUUUCUUCACAACUAAAUAUCCGUGUGAUGAUCUCCUCGAUUCAGACGAGAAAAGAUCUGAUUUCCUGAUAUCAGACUGCAGCCUGAAGAGGAGAACCCAAAGCUUCUACAGCAUUUGUUCGAUUGAUGCGGAUGAUCUCGGGGGUGAGCGAGAAGCAGCAGUCGUGACGCAUCCUGCAGCAUUCAGUCAUACAGAUUUAUUAACUAAUACUGAAACAAAGGUGUUUAUCGACGUCCCACUGAGUAAUGCUGCUUUAGAAACUUUAAAUGGGACCAAAGAAACACUAGAAGAUGGCGAGAUGGUGUCUGAAGAUCUCCCACCUCUAAACACGGUUCAAGUGCUCCCUGACGUCAUCGGGACGUUCUGUGACGUGGGCUCGGAUGAAAAUACAGCGUCAGAAAAAUGUGUUUCUGUUCCUCCUGAAGACCUGCUGAAGGAGAAAAGUGAAACGCACGGACACAAAUCUCACCUCACUGGUUUACACAAGACUGUAGAUGAAACCAUUCCUGAUCUGUUAGGGAGAAACGACCGGCUCAGUGCGUCCGUGGUGGAUCAGACAGAGGAGGACUGCUCGCGUCAGACGCGUGUUAACACCAACCCAGAACUAAUUAAUGUCUGCAAACUAGAAGUGACAGAAAUGGGUUGUGAAGUUCAUCGCUCAGAAACACCAGAGCAAGAACCCAAAAGUGUCUCCUCAGAGUCAAGAGACUUGGAUAACGAGGAGAAUCAUUUAAAUAGCUGUGGAGAACCCAAGCAAGUAGAACCCAGUACAGAGGUGAACCUGAGUGUGAUGAGCGAAACGUGGCCUGAACGUGUGCCACGUUCUCGUGUAAAACCUCAUAAUGAAUCACUUCAGGACUUUUUAUGCUCUGAAAUCUCCAGUGUGUCUCAGAGUAUCGAGGAUGAACCUUCAUCUUCUGUUGCUUCUUCAUUAGAAAGUGAGCGUGAUCUGAAGAGUCGAGGGUUUAUCACAGAGAGCAGCUCCCGAGAUGCUGACACAUUAAAUCCAAGCUCUAAAUCCUGUUUCUCUCCUGUUAAAGACAGCGUGUCGGAACCAGGCGAGUCCAUAUGUUCUUAUGCUGAAAGGGAAGACGCGGCCACAGAACCGGAACCCAGAUCCGAGUUUAACUCGGUUCAGAGCUUAAACUCUUUCACAUCAGAUAUCUCAGGAGGAAAUAGUGAUGCGCUUCAGCCAAAGCCAUUUCGGACAGGGUUAGUUGAUUACCCGGGGUUUGAUGCCUGUCUCCUGCUGACUCACCAUGAUGCAGAAAAGAGAGAAAUUAACCUUGGCAUGGAGGACGUCACCUGUCACAUUUCAUCCUCCGAGCUGUCAGACGUAGCGCCAGAAUCUGAGACUGCAGGCGAGCAUGUAGAGACGAGUGAGAAUUCUGUGCAUAUAAACUCCAGCACUGAUUACGAUGAUCCUCUUGAAGCUAAUCAGAGUUUAGAGAAGGAUUUCAGUGAGAAUUUAACGCGGAAAGAGCAGAAAUUCUCACCGCCGUCUGUUGUCGCUUCAUCUGAUGCAGACUUCUCUGCACACGCCAAUCUUCUGGAAGGUGCUUUACAAAACCCUGAAGAUCUCAAAAUCAGUGCAAAACAGAUGUUUCCAGCCACAGCCAAGGAACGUUUUAACCUGAAGGAAGAAGACAGAUGUUGCCUGAACGAGACCCUGAUUAAGGCCGAAUGCUUUAAUGAACACGCGGUGGAAGGACCGAAUGAACUUUCAUUAAGUAUCGGUCACGUUACAGCUCCUGAAAUGGAACUGCAGAAUUCCACAUCGAUGGAUUUUGACUUUACUCUUGGCAGAAAUAAUGAUGAGCAAGUAGUUCAUUUACUUCUGGAAGGCAGCAGUGAAAAUGCCGCCCUGUCUGUCCACUCGUCCCGUCACGCCGAGCCGCCUGACACCUUCGAGAGCGCCACAUUGUCUAAAAACAGUACGCAGUGCGAGAGUGCUCACAUUCCCACAGACACUCUCUUGGGGAAGACUGGGACGCCAAGCUCCUCUGAUCCGUCCAAUCAGGAGCCAGAACUGUCACGUGGAGAGGUGCAGGACGUGCACAUGAUCAGCGCUGCAGAGCAGCAGGUGGUGAUGGACUACAGAGCUCCUCUUGGGAGAACCAUAAGGCCAAUGUUUGAAAUUGGAGAACCAGCACAUGCCUUAGAAGGACACGAUAGCUCUGAUGAAGGCAUGGAGUGCUUUGUGACGAGCAGACUUCAGGGAUAUCAGCUUAAUGGGUUGCAUGUUUCAGGUUCUAGGCGUAGUCUUGGAACUGCUGGAAUGUGCCCCGUUCCCAGUUUCAGUGCCGAUAAAGUUAUUCCUCUCCCCGUCGAGCCCGACCAGGUCGACCUUUACGCCAGCAUGCCCUCGUAUGAGAUUGAGUUUCUCGGCCCAAACGCAGUCACUGUCCCUGCGCAGGUCGAAAAUCCACAAAGUCUGGCCUCCACAAACGAGUCAGAAAGAGAGCGAGGUGUGCUGAACAUGGUUUCCGAUCUUCUCGGUAAAUCCGAGGUGAACGAGGACGGAGACUGUAGUCCCUUCCUGUCUGUGUGGGCGGGAGAGCCUGAGCUGGAGUCAGCGUGGCAGUAUCGUCUCUCUGAGGAAGAGCUGAUGGGACGAGACGGACAGGAGGAAGGUAAAGCCGAUGCGGCUCUCGACUCUGAGCGUGUGCAGGCGUUCGCGGCGGCGUACCCAUACAGCCUGUUAGUUUCUGAUGGGGCCUGUGUGUGGGACUGGCAAAAUGCUUACGGGCAGCUCGAAUCCACCAAGGUCUCGGACCUCAAUCCUAACGCAAAAGCAUGGGCCAGUUAUAUUCCUAACCGGGAAGCGUCUGGAGCGGCCUACACGCACCGUCUGCAGUCAUGGGUCGACUCCAGUGACGCGGGAAACUCGGGAGGUUAUGUGCCCAGCGAUGACGGUGAGAAAUGGAAUGAAGAACCACAAGUACCCGUCUCAGUAGGACUGCCUUCAGCAGAACCACCAGAACCCGUGGACAUGGAAACAGCAGACAGUCGGUUACCCAGCGGCUCACAGCAAGACGCCAGCGUAAAGGGAAGUGAUGGCUCAGAUUCCUCCAAGCAGCUUGAAGAUCUCAGAGAGCAGCUGAAGGCUACGCUGGAGUUCUGCCUCUCCAGGGAGAAUCUCGCCAACGACAUGUACCUCAUCUCUCAGAUGGACAGCGAUCAGUACGUGCCCAUCGUGACUGUAGCUAAUCUCGAUCAGAUCAAGAAGCUCAGCACGGAUGUCGAUCUUAUUGCAGAUAUUUUAAAGACACUUCCUCUUGUGCAAGUGGAUAAAUGUGGUGAGAAAGUGCGGCCAAAUCAGAAUCGCUGCAUCGUUAUCCUCAGAGAGGUGCCUGAAGCCACGCCUGUUGAGGAAGUGGAAUCGCUCUUUAAGAGUGACAAAUUGCCCAAGUUUGUCCAUUGUGAGUUCGCCUAUAAUGAUAACUGGUUCAUCACAUUUGAGUCGGAGGCAGAUGCACAGCUGGCGUAUCAGUAUCUCAGAGAGGAAGUGAAGACUUUUCAAGGAAAGCCUAUAAAGGCGCGGAUCAAGGCCAAGGCCAUCGCAGUCAACACUUUUGUGCCAAAGAAUGGAUACAGGCCCGUGGACAUGUCCUCGAACAUGCAGCAGCGCUACACCUCGUACUACAUCCCGCCUGCGUUUGGGGCGCAGCAGCAGUUCCCCCCGUUCUACAGGCUGGUCACUCAUCAGGGCUGGUCCACCACACAGGGCUACUUAGAUCCCAGUUUGGUUACUCCCUUCACUAAUCCUGGAUUCAUCAACGGCUUCGCUGGAUCUCCCACCUUUAAAUCAGCCACUGCACCUUUAACUGCCAGAGCGUACCAGCCGAGGAACCGGAACCACAAUAAGAGCCACAUACGACCCUCAGCACCAGCUGCUGAACGAGGAACCGCUUUGUUGGAGAACCCCGGUUCCUUCACCAACUCCACAGAGCGCGUUCCCAACGGGACCCGAGCACCACACGCACAUCAGCUGGGCAGCCGGCCGAGAUUAUCCAGCGCUCCGAGUUACCCUCGCAGGGAGCAGGUCGGGAGCGGGCGCAUGGAGAUGAACGGAGCAGAUUACUCACCUGUCAUGGGGAGGGGAAGGAGAAAUGGCUAUGGCUACAAGAAAAGGAGAGAAGAUAAGUUUACAAAAGCGUCCACGCAGUCGCCUCCUCCAGCCCCGGAGCGUGCGCCUUCUCCCAGUUUCGAGCUGGGACUGUCGAGUUUCCCUCCCCUGCCUGGUGCUGCUGGAAACCUCAAGCCUGAAGUGAAGUCUGAGAGCAGUCUGGAGAACCGACUGUCAGACAUCGUCACCGGAGCUGCUAAAGACAAGCCUGUAAAUAAGGACGCAGCGAGCAGCCGUGUGACUUCAGGAGCCCACAGAGAACCGACACAGACUGUUAAUCCUGUUCCUCAGCCUGCAGUGGAACCGCAGAACCCACUGUCUCCCACCUACAAACUGAGCUCAGUGAAGUCACAGGAAGUGAAGCUGAAGGAGACGACCUCACCGGCAGAGAGGCCCGCAGUGUCCGACCCUAAGAGUCCAGCUCCGGUCCAGAUCCCUCCAGCCUCAGAGCCCCGGAAACCGAGUUACGCCGAGAUCUGUCAGAGGAUACGGGAGGCGCCGACGCAGCAGCCACCUGUCGAGUCCAAACCCGCCACCACAGAAGAACCCGCCUCACUCGACUCUGCAGAACCCAGAAGCAGAGAAACCCGGCCCGUGUCUGCCAAACCCGUGCCUCACCGAGCCCGAGAGGCCUGGAAGUGUCAUCAGGGGGCCGGAGACACGGCGCCUCAGUCCUGAGAUCCGAGCGGCGGCUGAGGAGCGAAACACUCGGCGGGUCGCAGCGCUCGGUACCGUGUCUCCUCUCGGCCCGGCUGCACGCGCACAUACCGAACACUGACACUGAAUCAGGGCCUGCAGAUGACGCACUCGUGGAGCGGGAGGAUUCUCAGCUCUCUCUACUUUUACCCCUUUUCAUUUACCACACGUUUAUUUUUCGCUCAUGAGAUGUGGGACUUUCGGCGCCGUUGUUGGAGGACAGUGGCAUUAAUUACUGCACUGUCACUGAGAGCAAGCUUGUGUUUGUUAACUUUUUUUUUUUUUUUUUUUUUUUUGACGGAGGUCGAGGAUUUUUUGUUGUUAAAGACUAAAGUAGUGCUGGUAGCGAGUACAGACUGAAAAUAGAGCUGAUCUGAAUUUUCAGACAUUUUUCUUUGUUCUUUUUUUCUUUAAAUUUUUUUUUAAAAUCAGAAUGUAUAUAAUUUUGUAACCCCAGUGUCCGGGCACUAACACACUGGUCUGAUUCUGUUUCUCUUUUCUACACGGGGCGAGCACUCGGAGCUGUGACGCCGGCGUGAUUCAGUCUGAUUUGUGUUUAGUUUUUAUGUAACGCGUUGCCACUGGAGUAGAGUUCUGAGCUCUGAUUAUUUUUUUUAAACCAGCACAAACAUGAUAAUCCUUUUUUUUUUUCUUUUUACAAAAUCAUUUGUACUGAUGUGGUAAAGUAGCUGGUGUAACUGUUACCUUGUCCUGUGUGCAUGCCUUUUUAUGUCUGAUUUAUUUUCCUUUUCCCAUCUUCUUUCCUUUUUAACACUUUUAAUAGUUUCUCCCAUUCCCACGUUGCUUUAGAAGUUUCUGAGCCCGUGUGUAAGAUACGUCCUUAAUGACGCGUCACACUUUAUAAACAAAACGGUAAAAACAACAGGUUCUGACAUGACUGACACAACUCCCGAUCGUGUGUGUGUGUGUGUGUGUGUGUGUGUGUGUGUGUGUGAGAGAUGGUGAUGCACCUCUCUUGUUCUGUCUAUUACAGUACAGCAUGCUUUACAGGUGUGUUGUGCAGGUGAGGUCACUUGCUGUUCCGUAUCUCAGUAAGAGGAACCGCUGAGGAGAAUCACCUGUGUAUCGUCAUAUUCGCAGACGUGUGUUUGAAGUUGUGCGUAUAAAACCUACAUGAUUCACUUCCUCAGCCUGCUACAGUCGUGGACCGUAUCUCACGUAUCCGUCACGUCUCUUCCUGAAGCUUCUCUCUGGUUUAUUCGGUCACGUGUUCAGUUUGUUCUCGGAUCCUGAUGGAUAUUUUGUUUGUUUGUGUUUUUGGCAGAGAACUCGAUCCCGCGUCUUUGUCUUCCUGCCGUGUGGAGCUCGUCACGCUGCUCGGACAUUGUUAUUCUCCUAAACUGCAGCUUCCCAUUUAAUAUCUAAUGCUUAGUCUUUAAUCCAGUCAUCAUCAUCAUCAUCAUCAUCACCACAAACGGAUAAAGGUCUGAUUAAGAACUUCAGUCUGGUCACAAACACCAUUAUAAUUUAACAUUGCUCCACAACUUGAAUUUUUAAUUUAAACUUGAAAAAUGUCUCUGCCUUAACUUUUUUAGAAGCGUGUUUGCAGUUAAUUUCAGAUGUGCAAGGCUGAUGUGGUUUAGGGAAAGUUCUCAGCCUGAGUUACUGCGUUUCUGUAGCACAAAACACUUUGGGUUAAAUUGGGUUAAAUUCUGUUUUUUUUUCUCUCUCUCUCUCUAUCUUUUUUUUUUUUUUUUUUUUUUGUAAAAUGUUUCUGGUCAGAACUGUAAUGUGUGCACUUGGAAAUGUGUGUGUUCACUGUACAGAUGUAAAUAAUUGGGGGAAAAGUUAAAAAUGGUACCAUAAAUUGGUUAAGAGCAAGAUGUAUUAAAAUAAAUGUGGAUGAGAAAC